GGACUUCCCCCCCCUAUAUAUUCAGCAGCAGCAGUCGAUGCUCCCAGAUGUGGUGGAUGACUUCACGAUGAAGAACCCGUCCUGCAGAGGCCUGGAGCCGCUGUUCUUCUCCUGUUAUGCUUUCUGCAGUAAGCUGGCAGGAGGCCUGUCUGUGGGCAUCUCCACCCUGAUAUUACAGUUUGUGGGUUACAGAGCGGGUGCGUGUCAUCAUGAGGUGGGGGUGGCGACGGCUCUCAUCGUGAUGUUCUCCCCGGUGCCAGUCGCUCUGCUGCUGAUCGGGAUGUUCUUCUUCCACUCGUACCCCAUCAAUGAGAGGAAGUGUCUGCAGGAACAACUGACCCCAGAUCACCCUGAAGCAUCAUCACCACCAGACCUGAAAGACAACUCAGAGCAGCUGCCAUCAACGUCACAUUACAACACAAGUUACAAUCCAAACUCAUCAGCAGGUCCUGAUAAACAAUCCUCAGUCAAAUCCUCCGGACGUUCACAUGUAUCAACCGAAAACAGCAUUUCUAAAUCAGUUCUUAAAUCAAAUGUAAAUCCUCAGAGUCAAACUCCACCGCAGAGAUCAGGAGACGAGAAACGGAGCAAGAAUGUUCCUGAAAAGAAUCCCAGAACUUCAUCCAGCAGGUCACACAUGAGACCUAAAAUAUCCUGGGUAUAGUGAGACACAUUGAAGCAGAGAUGUUUUAGAAAAGAUGCCACUACUCUGGGAUCUGAAUCUAACACUGAAUACUUUAUUUUUUAACUCUAUUCUUAUACAUUUUCUAUUUUUAAAAUCCUCUGCAAAAUGUCUGCACCUGUUCUUGCUCAAAUAAACAACCGUUGUCAGUUUUCAUUCAUGGUGCUAUUAUGCUAAUAUGCUUUGUUUCACUGAUGUUAGGCUGAUGUAUCUUUGGCUCAGAUUGCACAAAAAAAUAGUAUGAUGUUGGAUGAUACAAAAACUGUGGUUAAUGAAAUGUAGUUCAAUUGUUCAAAUUGCAUGUUCUCAAUACCAUGACAGUUUUUUUUCUCUCAGAAAGGAAAAAAAACAAGCAAAAGUGGUCCCUCAGGAAUUAAGGUGUACAAUUGUUGGGCUUUUUAACUUUUGCACAAUUUGAUUAAUUCUUUGUCAAUUUCAUAUUAAGAAAAGCAAUACAUACGGUGGACAUUUUGAGGAAGCGUCAUUUGUGUAUGAAUUAUUUUGCUGU